AUGGCCCAAGGAGUUGAACCUAAGCAGACUAGAGAGUAUGACAGAGGAAGACCCAAGCCAACUGAAAGAAGUUAUCGACCUCGAACCUGGUUCACUAAUCGAGAUGGAAAACACAGCAACGACGAUACACGCAGCCCGUAUUCAAAGCCACCUUGCGCAGUAUGUGGUGGCAAUCAUGGGGUUUGGUCCUGUAAGGUAUUUUCUGGCUUGAGUGUGCCAGAUCGUUGGGGAGUCGCAAAGGAAAAACAUUUAUGUUUUCGAUGUCUUGUAAGUAAUCAUGUCGGUAAGGACUGCACCAGGUCAAAGCCAUGCGCAGUGCAAGGGUGCAAAAGAAGCCAUCACAACUUGUUACAUGAAGUUGUACCGAAGGAGAAGGAAGAAGGCGAGAAGUCAGCGUUGACACGGGAGGGGGCAGAGACACGAACACACACUUCAAGAAAUAAGAGUGUGUCAACUGCUGAAGUUUUGUCGCUUCGUACCAUUCCAGUAUGGUUAAAGGCAAAUGGUCGGAAAGUUAAAGUCAACGCUAUUCUGGAUGAUGCUUCCAAUGAAACAUUUCUAAAUGAACAAGUUGCUGGGGUGUUAGGACUUCACGAGCCGUACAAGACAGUUAAAGUUCAUGUGUUAAACAAUGAGGUUGAAACGUUCCAGUCCAUGCCCGUGGAGGUUAUGAUUGAAAGUGUUAACGGACAGUAUCGCAAGGAUAUUGGUGUCAAAACGUGCCCUCAGAACGUAACGGGAAGCUACAAAGUAG